CCCGCAGCCAACUUAACGCGGGCGUGUGUUUACUUUACUUUGCCCAAAGUGCGAGAGUGUGUGCGCGAAACGGAAAUAAGAAAUAAACAAGAGCGACGACAACAACAACAGCAACGCAACAAGAAGUGUAAGCAAAAGUGAAAAGGAAGACGAAAGAGGAAAUGCUAAAGUACAGCAACAACAACAACAAGAAGCACAAUAAAUACACGAACAAAACGCCAGAGUGCAAGUGCAUCGCGUGAGUGUCUUACAGUGUGCGUGUGCGUUUGUGUGUUAGCUUGAGUGUGCCUGUGCGAGUGUGUUGGUGAGGCGGCGGAAGUAGAAACGUUUGACUUGUUCUUCUGCGCUGCGCCUUCUUUAUUUGCUCCGCUUUGCGGCUGGCAUUCGUCGCAGAACGAAGCGAAAAUAAAAACAAAAACAGAGAGCCAGGAUUAGCCCCAAAAGCACACAACCACCGCCCACUGAUUACCCCCCACGAAAAAGAAACAGAAACACAAAAACAACAAUGGCAACUUGGCGCGACGCCCUCUUCGUCAUCAGCAGAUAACAACAAGAAAAACAUCGAAUUAACAACAACAAAAACAAAGCAAAAAGCUAAAGCAUUCUGGGAUCUGGACAUAUCCGCUUCCGCGUUGCUUCUGUCGCUAAAAAGCUCAAGAAUCGAAUCCGAAGCCCAGCGCAAACAGACAAAAUCACUCGCUCACCUCACAGUUCGUCACCACCGUGCACAGUGGAGCAAACAGAUAACACAAUUUGAAGGCAACUCGAGUGGCUCCUACAGACCAGGAACCAGGACACUUCCUUACAAACUGUGGCUGCAUGUCCAAAAUGAAAAUGCUCCCAGUACAGUUAUCAUUGAACUCGCUGAAUCCCGGCAUCUGGAGCGAUGUGCUCUGGCGCUGCCCCCCGGCGCCGUCCAGCCAGCUGGCGGAGCUCAAAACACAACUGCCCCCGUCCCUGCCCUCCGAUCCGCGCCUCUGGAGCCGCGAGGAUGUGCUCGUCUUCCUGCGCUUCUGUGUCCGCGAAUUCGAUCUCCCCAAGCUCGACUUUGAUCUCUUCCAAAUGAACGGCAAGGCGCUGUGCCUGCUGACACGAGCGGACUUUGGUCACCGGUGUCCGGGUGCCGGGGAUGUGCUACACAAUGUGCUGCAGAUGUUGAUCAUAGAGUCCCACAUGAUGCAGUGGCAUCUGCCCAACAGUCCAGUGACGCCCACCAGUCGUUAUCCCCUGUCGCCGCACAGUCAUCCGCCGACACCGACGUGGCCACCGCUGAAUGCUCCGCCGGAGAACAGUCCCUUCCACAAUUCGCCACACGGUCUGGCGGGUCAUCAUUUUAUGGCACCGAAUUCGGUGACGCUGAGUCCGCCGCCCUCGGUGGAUUCCCAGGCGAGUAGUCCACCGCAGGCACCGUAUCAGAAUGGAGGAGGUGCCACAGGAGGAGCAGCAGCAGGUGGAGUCGUUCCAGCAAACGGAGGAGCUACCACAAGCAAUCCCACAUCGUCGAGCAGCUCCAGCAGCACCGGAAGUAAUGGCUCCUCGCAGCCAAACAUAAUGCCCAUGAAGGGCAUUAGCAGUGCCAGCAGCAAUCACUCCGAUUCCGAGGAGGAGUACUCGGAGACCAGUGGUGGCUUGGGCAAGAUGCCACCGGCACCGCCGUCCUACAGCACGGCCAGUCCGCCGGGAACACCGAUACUGAAAGACAUCAAGCCGAAUUGGACGCAACAGCUCACGAAUAACUUUGUGAACUCGUGGUCCCAGCAGCAACAACAGCAGCAACAGCAACAGGCUGCUGCAGUGGCCGCCGUAGCAGCAGCUCAGGCGCAGCAGCAACAGUUGCAGCAACAACAGCAGCAGCAACAAUUGCCCCAGAAACUGACCCUGGAUAAUACUGCUGGCCCAGUGGUGGCCCCUGCCGGAGGAUCCAUCUCCGCACCGACGACGCCCAGUUAUAUGUACAAAGCCAAAAGGGAGUUCUUCCCCGAGAACUCGGAGCCCAAUACAAAUGGUCGCCUGUUGUGGGACUUUCUGCAACAGCUGCUGAACGAUCGCAACCAGAAGUACAGCGAUCUGAUAGCCUGGAAGUGCCGCGAUACGGGCGUCUUCAAGAUCGUCGAUCCCGCUGGGCUGGCCAAGUUGUGGGGCAUCCAGAAGAAUCAUCUGUCCAUGAACUACGACAAGAUGUCGCGUGCCCUGCGCUAUUACUACAGGGUGAACAUACUGCGCAAGGUGCAGGGCGAGCGACAUUGCUAUCAGUUUCUGCGCAAUCCCACGGAGCUGAAGAACAUUAAGAAUAUAUCGCUGUUGCGGCAAACGACGCCGGCGAAUGGCAAUGGAGGAUCAUCAAUGCCGCAGGGCAGCAAUCAGGCGCCCGGAAGUCCAGCUGGCCAGAAUUGGAAUACCCAGCAACAGUCGCAGCAGCAGCAACAGCAGCAAUCGCCCCAGCGUCCCGCCUCGCGGAAUGGCCCCAUGAGCCUGCCCGCCGUGGCAGCGGUGGCAGCAGCAGCCGCUGCGGCCUACGGUCCACCGCCCACAUCGCCGCUCUUUAUGCACGCGAUCAAUGGAGCCUUCCACUACCUUUCGGCGGCGGCUGCUGGUCCGCCACCCAAUUCCCCUGCCCUGAACACCCCGUCCGCUGUCGGAGGACCCGACAAGUUCCAGUUCCACCCGCUGAAGCUGGAGAAUGGCUCGGGAUCGGGUUCGGGUUCGGAGAGCGCUGGCGAGGAUCUGAAGCCCACGGAUCUGAGUGUGAGCAGCAAGAGCAACGCCACCAGCAACGAGGACUGCUAUCCGCUCAUCCGCAACGCUGACGGCCUGACGACCAUCAAGCUGAUACGCUAUAACGAUCACCAGGGAGCCCCUUCGCCAGCGGAGCCCCAAUCUCCCAAGCCGGAUGACCAACAGCCCAACGCUUCCAAUGCCAGCAGCAGCUCACCCAGGCCGAUGGAUCAGGCCAGUGAACAGGCACAACAGCCGGUGCCAAUGGAAAGCGAUUGUAAUGGCGGCGAGUCGGAGGAUUCCUUCCGGCAUAUGCGGCAGUAGAGGAAGCAGUAUCCUGUAUCCAGUAUCCUUCCCUUCCGAACACACACACAACAUUACCUGAGAAAAAAAUGGGACCAGCACAAGAAGCGCACAGAACAUAUAAACAGACACCCUGCUGGACAAAGAUCUGGAUGCCUUUCGGUUAGGAUGGGUCGCUCAGAAUGCAAACGAAACGGAGAACUAAUCGUUGUAGAAAGUGGAGCUU